AUGAAGCUUUGUAUCUUCUCUGUGAUCGUUCUCACUGCUCUUGGGCUGUGUGAUCGCAUCGAUCGUGAGCCUCUCACUUAUGCCACGGUGCCAGAGGGAACUUAUGUCCCACCUAAAAACUCAAAUGUUACGACUCUGCUAGACUUUAUAAAAUCGAGGGAUGACCUUACUUCUCUUGCAGGCGUUUUAGCAGAAUGUGGAGGGUUUCUUCAAGCCUUCGAUUCCCAGGCAACUUGGUCCUAUACGUUCUUUGCACCAUCAAAUACAGCAUUCAACAAUACCGGAGCUUACUACUCCACGUUUGUCGCAACACCAAAGGGCAAAUGGUGGCUGGGCAACCUAAUCCAGCACCAUUAUAUCCCGAACACGCAGCUUAAAACCUCGGCGUUUAACACAUCGUCAACUCGCAUCCAAACGGGUAGUUUCUUAUAUGUCGGGACUCAAAUUGUCGGGGGCCAGCUGGUGCUCAACGAUGUUUCGAUUGUUACUGAUGCGAAUCUUCCCGUCACGAAUGGGAUUGUGCAUGUUAUUGAUCAUAUCUUGGACCCCUCAGCACAACUGUUUAUGACGGACGUUACUAAAACGAGUCAGGCAUUUAUUGCGGGAAGUUGUUCAAAUCCAUUACUACCUUACUGCUAA